UGUUUUCUCUCCCUGCGACCCCUCCCCCUUUGUAUCUGCUCUCAUGAUAAAUCCCUCCUAUGUGCUACUGACUGGCAGACUCGAAAGGCUUGGAAAUCACGCAACUACACUCAACCACACUUUCAUUUUUCUUGCUAAGACUGACUUAUCUGACGGCAGUUUUUUUUUUUUGAAAAGCAACAGUCUGAGCAGCUCAUCAAUCAGGUUUUGCGUCUCCAUAGCGGCUUCCUCUGGAUCUCUCCCUCUGUGGCUGAGACAGAAGGUGAUCGACAUCUUUUUUCCCCCUACUUUUGCAGUUUCACCUUUGCGGCAGGUAGGCUACAGUCUCCAUCUAAGCCUCGGUAGCAUGUUGGACCCGUCUUCCAGCGAGGAGGAAGGGGAUGAGAUCCUGGAGGUGGAGCGCAAAGAGGUGGCGGCCCCGAAGAGCCUCGGAGGAGCCCGGUUGUCACCGGGCCGAGCCGCCGACGGCGGCGGAGGGCUCCAGUCCCGGGGCCGCGGGAGCGGCGUUGGUCGACCCUCGAGCCCCAGCCCGUCGGUGGGCAGCGACAAGGAGAAAGAGGACCUGGAGAAGAUGCAGAGAGAGGAGGAGGAGAAGAAAAAGAGACUCCAGCUGUAUGUGUUUGUGAUGCGCUGCAUCGCCUAUCCAUUUAACGCAAAGCAACCAACUGAUAUGGCCAGGAGGCAGCAGAAGGACUUGACUCCUGCCCACAGGGCCAAAACCACCAGUGAAUGGUUUGCUGACCAUGAGAUUACUGUGCCUGAUUCGCCAGCCAACUGGCCUGACCUGAGCCCCAUAGAGAAUCUGUGUCAAUUGUCAAGAGGAAAGUAA